AUGCUGAUAUUCUUUACAGGGUUCAUUCACAGAAACUGUACACUGGGCAAUUACUGGUCUGAGCCAUUCCCACCGUACUCUGUUGCCUGUGGAUUUGAAGAAAGUUUAACAAAAGGACCAGAAGAUCAGAAAUCGUACUAUUCGGCAUUCUGGUACAUCUACACCGCCGGCUAUGCGACGUCCCUGGUUUCACUCUUUACGGCCCUCCUCAUCUUUACCUUCUUUCGAAAAUUCCACUGCACACGGAACUACAUCCACAUGCAUUUGUUUGUGUCAUUCAUCCUGAGGGCAGCGGCCGUUUUCACCAAAGACGCCAUUUUGUUCUCCGACGACAGCAUGGACCACUGCUUGAUGUCAACGGUCCUCUGCAAAGCCGCCGUGGCUUUCUUCCAACUCAGCAUUCUGGCCAAUUUCUUUUGGCUGCUGGUCGAAGGCCUCUAUCUGCAGACCUUGCUGAUCCUGACUUUUGUGUCUGACAAGCAGUAUGCCUGGAAGUUCGUCCUGAUUGGGUGGG